AUGGCCAGGUCGCGGAAGGCAAAGGUGGUUCCUUUGACCAAGGUGGGGAAGAAGGUGGGAAUGGACCGGAAGCUGGAGAUAGCAGACAAGAUACGGGCGGCUGUUGCCCAGAACAGGUUUACGUAUGUGGUUGAAAUGUCUCACUUCAAAACGGAGCAAAUUCAGCGGGUGCGGGAAAGCCUCAAGCCGGGCACCAUGUUCAUGGCACGGAGUCGCAUCAUGCAAGUGGCACUUGGAGUCACGGCAGCAACAUCAGCAGCAGAAAAUAUAUAUAAGUUGAGCGGCUUGAUAGAGGGUCGCGACCCCUGUGUAGUGUGUUGUGGCAAGUCUCCGGAAGAAUUGAGUUCUUUAUUCCUUGGCGAGAGAAUGGAUACAUACGCUAAGGCCGGUGACGUCGUGGAAGAAACCGUGGUAAUCCCGGAGGGAAAGGACUCGCUGAGUCAGUUUCAGUUCAACAUGGAGCCCUUGUUCAGGAAGCUGGGGGUUCCGACCGUAUUGGACAACGGGACCAUUGUUGUGUUGACAGACUUUGUGAUUUGCGCGGCUGGGGAAACACUGGACUCAAACAAAGCGCGACUCUUAAAGCUGCUCGACUAUAAGCUAGCCAAGUCGCAGUGCAAGCUCAAAGGAUACUAUGACAACGAAAAUAGAACCGUCAAAAUAUGCUAA